GGUGAAGGUCACGUUCGCGAUCGACAUGGAGACGAACUUUGGAGAUCAUCUCGCGAUCGUGGGGAAGCAUCCGCUGUUGGGAGAGUGGGUGCCUUCGAAGGGCGUGCCGAUGGACUGGGUCGAAGGCACGCGCUGGACCGCGACGGUUUAUCUCCCCGAGUUCUCCCUUCUGCAGUACAAGUACGUCGUGCGUCAAGGCUGGAAUCCGAACGGCGAGGCGCGGUGGCAGGGCGGCCCCGAUCGCAUCGUCGCGACGGGUAAUCACCACACCGAGCAGUCGAUUCGCGACGUCUGGACCGACGGCGACUGGGGCGCGGAGAACCCGACGUGUAAGGCGCUGAACGCGGCGAUCGCGGCGUUUGACGAGGUGCGACCGGGGGAUCUGGGGUACGGCGCCGAGAGCAGCACCAUCAAGAACACGGCGACGCUCCCGGAGUGGGCGCGAAACGCGGUGUUUUACCAAAUCUUCCCGCUGGGAUACUUCGGCGCGCCGACGGUGAACGACCAGAAGAGCAAGGUGGCGCCGCGUUUGAAACAAAUCCGCGAGCACUACAAGCAUCUCGAAGAGCUCGGCGUCGACGCCGUGUACUUUUCGCCGUUGUUCGAAUCCGGCACGCACGGAUACGACACGUUCGAUUACUUCGAGAUCGACCGGCGUCUCGGCGACGUGAAGCUGUUCAAACAGAUCGUGAAAGAGCUCCACGAGCACGGCAUCAAGGUUGUCCUCGACGGCGUCUUCAACCACACCGGGACGGGCCACUUCGCGUUCAAGGACCUCACGAUCAACGGCCCCAACUCGCAAUACGCGGGGUGGUAUCACCUCGGCGCGAGGAAGGCGGAUUUCGAAGGGUACUGCGUCGUGGACGACAUGAGCGACAGCGGGUUCUCGUACGACUGCUGGGAAGGGCACCCGGUGUUGCCGCGGUUAAACUUGGAGAAUCACGACGUGAAGCAGCACAUCUUCGACGUCGCGCGGUUCUGGGUCGACGAGGUGGGCAUCGACGGGUGGCGCCUCGACGUCGCGCACGAGAUCGAGCCCGACUUUUGGCGCGAGUUUCGCGCGGUGUGCGACAACACCAGACUGGGGAAGGAUUGCCUCCUCGUCGGCGAGAUGAUCCACGGGAACUACAACUACUGGGUCGGGGACGACCGCCUGCACUCCGGCACGAACUACCAGAUGUCGCACGCUACGUGGUUCUCGCUGAACGAUCGCAACUACGAGUACUUUUACAACGCGUUGCUUCGCGAAAACUGCCUCUUCAGCGGCCUCACGCUGGUCAACUUUCUCGGCAACCACGACGUCCCUCGCGUCGCUUCGAACAUCACCAACCCGAAGCACUACCUCCACGCGAUGGUCGUCCUGCUGCUCAUGAAGGGCAUCCCGUGUCUGUACUACGGCGACGAGUUUGGCAUGGAGGGCACCCCCGCGGACGGCACCGACGAGCACUCGGGCGGCGACGACGCCAUGCGGCGCCCGAUGCUCGACUGCGCCAAGCCCGCGACGUGGCCCGCGGUGGGCGUGUCGAGAGUCGCGCUGAACAAGAAGCUCAUCAAGAUCCGACGCGAGCAUCCGGUGUUCGGGAUCGACGGGACGCAAGACAUCGAGGACAUUCAGCUCCUCUCGAACGACCAGAUCAUCGUGACGAGGUACGUCAAGGAGACGGAUCCGAAGACGAAGAAGGAGGAGGUCACCGCGGUGGGCUGCCUCGUGUUCAACUGC